AUGUCGAGUUCAGAAACCGCGUUUAUCGCUGCCAAGCUGCAGAAAUCGAGUCUUUCCCUGAAGAGAAGAGAUUCUUGCAAAACGUGGCGGAGAUCUAGAUGUCGAGGAAUCAUGUCCAACAGAGACCGUACCUCCAAUUUGACUCUGGGGUUUUCAGGAGGUGACUGCAGAUCGAUGAUUGUUUCAGCCGGGGUGGUGAAGGCCUUUGAUGAUUGA